UGCCCGAGCCUUCCGCUUCCGACCGUUUAUAAACCCCAAGCGCAGCGAUCGAGAGCGACCGCUCCGACCGCCGCCGCCGCCGCCGCUCUCAGGUUUAGUAGGGUUUUAAGUUUCGAUGGCACCCUCAUCCCGUCGAAAAUUCCGUCGGAAGAAACCUUCACAAAAGGUCGACUCCAUAGGCCUUCAGACACCGCGCUCUUCGGCCUUGGAAAACCAAGAACCCUUGCUGAGUUCUGAAUAUUCAGGACACAAUUCUGCCAUACAGAAUAUCCCUGAAGAUUUGACCGUCUGGGAUGUUGUCAAAGGCGACGUCGCCAUUGUUGCCAGCAAAAUGAAAUCCAUGACAGAGCGGCUGCUGGAAGAACUCAAGAUCGCGCUCCGGUUGCUCAUGGAGGACAUCGAUGAUCAGAGCCAUGUAGAGCAACUCGUUCGUCUUCAGAAGCAUGUCGAAAUCAGGCCUGACCUGACAUCGGCAACGCUUCUGACGGCUCACCAUGUGCAGUUGGAGAUGUUUGUUGCCCUCAAGAUGGGGAUCCCGGCAUAUCUGCACGAAAAUGUCAGCGUGCCACGGAGCCGUCUCGCGGAGAUCUUCGCCUACGAGAGAUGCAAGAACAUCUCCUGCCAGAGUGUUCUCCCAGCUGAGGAGUGCGACUGCGAUGUCUGCUGCUGCAGGAGAGGCUUCUGCAACCUCUGCAUGUGUGUGGUCUGCAACGGGUUCGAUUUCGAUGUCAACACAUGCCGCUGGAUUGGGUGUGACGGCUGCUCUCACUGGACCCACGCUGGCUGCGCAAUUCGUGAGGAGCAGAUCAAGACUGUGAUUACGGUUGAAGAUGGAGUUGCCCACUAUGUGACAGUGUUCUUCUGCAAGGCCUGCCAUGGGACAUCUGAGCUGCUGGGGUGGGUCAGGAAUGUGUUCCAGCAUUGUGCCAAGAUCUGGGGCACGGAUGCGUUGGCGCGAGAGCUCGAGUAUGUUCAGGAGGUGUUCAGUGUUAGCGAGGAUUCGAAAGGGAAGAAAUUGUUCGAGAAAUGUACUGAUCUGAUCGAAAGACUGAAGGUUGUUCAAGCUGAAUCGAUGGGUCCUGAAGUUCUGCUUCAGGCGCUCCAAGAGAUUGAGCUAGAUGAUGCUCCAGAGAUCACUGAAAACGAAAAACAGGUGCAGCAGAACACUGAUCCCCAUGAAACCUGCAACAAUCAACUCUCUGAAUAUGUCCAAGAAACUGCAAUGACGAACAAGAAGGUUCGCCUCUCUGUCGAUGCCAUCACCGACGGCGAGGUGGAGAAGGCCAAGGAGGCCGAGCAGCAGCUGCAGCCCAUGGCGGCGGAGCAGGAGGAGGUCCCGCCACCGCCGGCGAGCAGCAGCGGCGGCGUGGCGGCGCCGACGACGCAGAACGCGAUGCUGUGCAAGAUACUCGACGCGCUGAGCGGCAUGCCGUCGCCGCCGUCGUCCGAGUCCGCCGCCGCGGUGUCCAAGGUGCAUGAGCUGCUGCGCGAGGCCCUGAGCAUGCCGCGCAGCUCCGGCCGCGCCACCGCCGCCGCCGUCGACGACGACGACGUGGCGCAGAACGGGAGAGACAGAAAUGACGGCGACGACCCGCGGCAGAUGAUGAUGCUGAAGGAGAUCUAUGACAUGGUGAUCGGCAUGACGAAGACGAUGACGAAAUGAUCAUCCGACGAACAUGUUUGUCACCUCACAUGUGUGUGAUCAGUGAUCCAGAUCCAUUGCUAGCUCGAUCCAUCCAUCCAUCCAUGCAUGAAUGGUAACCAAUCUCUCUGCACUCUGCACCGUGAACACAAAAAACAUUCAGAAUCCAUGGUAAAAUGGUAAGUGGAUCUGUGUAGUGUUUUACCAAAUUUACCUGUAUGUACUGCAGCCAGGGUUUGAAGUUUCGAAAUUAGGAUUUCUACUGCAUGUGGGCGAUAGAACCGAAAUUUCAGAUUUUUUUCGUACGAUUUUUUUAAAAAUUUUGACUGAUUUUGAAUGUAUUUGAAUAAAAUCUGACCAAAUUCACAAAAAUUUGCAAAAAACUAAAAGUUUGGGGGUGAGAUAUGAGCAUUUCGGUGACCGAAAUUUCAAACCUUGACUGCAGCUCAUCGAUCAGCCAAACACCCAACCUUGUUUUUUUUUAGUAUUUUUUUACUGUUUUACUGAUAUUGCAUUAGUUAGUUGUUCAAUUGUUGUAUUAGAGAGAUUUAUCCAUGUCGAGAUAAGGUGAGCUGGAUGCAUGCACGGGUGCGUGCCCGUGGGCGCUGUCACGGGUGCGCCGUGCGCGCGCUGGCGUGCGCGUGCACGGCCGGUCGAUCGCUCGACCGCGACAGAUCGCGACGCCGGGAGCGCGCCCGGCGCGCCGCGGCGACGUGGAUCUGGUCGGCGGCGUGGCGUGCCAAAGUCGUCGCCGUGAACAAGUCAACGGGGGCAUCGUGGAAACGAAGACACAGGAGGAGGAAGAGCACGCCAAGUCAAAACCUGACAGCUCAAUCUAAUACCUCGUCAGUGCACCAUGCCCAUGAAUCGAGGCCUGUAUGCACGAAUCUCGAGGGGAUUUGGACGGAUGGGAUCAUCCCGGUGCAGGGAUCGGGGUCGUGGACUCGGACCACACCUCCCUCCCACGGUUGGUUCACGCGGGAGAAGAGAGAGGGAGAGAGCGCGCGAAUUUUUCUAUAAAAGCCCCUCUGCUUGUCCCAAAUCACCACGCCUCAACAGCUGCUGCUUCAACUCUCUCUCUCUCUCUCUCUUUCUCCGGCGAGAUCACCGGCGGCGGCAGGCCACGCGACCCGCGGAGAUGACUACUUCAAGGCGCCUUGCUGACAGGAAGACUGCAAAGUUCCAGAAGAAUAUCACCAAGAGGGGUUCAGUGCCUGAAACUACUGUGAAGAAGGGGAACGACUAUCCAGUUGGACCUCUUGUGCUUGGAUUCUUCAUAUUUGUGGUCAUUGGAUCAUCUUUGUUUCAGAUAAUCAGGACAGCAACUAGCGGCGGGAUGGCCUAAAAACAGAGCUGAUUCAAGAGAUUUGUGAUACAUUGCAUCCAAUGCAAGUGGCAGCGGCAGCUAAAAUGUUUGGUGUUGUCAGUGUUUUGUAUGCAUUUACAUUUCUGAAGCAUCGAGUUGAAGUACAAUGUAACAGAAUUACCUGUCUUACAAUGUUGAAUGGAUUAGUAUAAUAUUAUACCGUUCAUCUCCAGUUAACA